AUGGAAGAAGACAUUAGGGAGAACAGCAUUCCAAGCACUAGACUCGGGGAUCAGGAAAUUCGGAUUGGAGAGACACCGAACGAAGAUGCACUCGUGAUAUACUUAUCGCGAGGAAAUAGAGACAAAAAAGUGGUCUGCACCAAAGAUAAUGGCCUUGCGGGUGACAUUAACAAGUGUAGGAAGCACAAGGUCGACAGCUGCAUCUGUCUUUCGAAGAUGCAUUACGAGGUCGAUGGAGACAUUCUUUGCAUCAGAGAAAUGAAGCCUUUUAUUUACAUUAGAAAGGUCUCAAUAUUGCGCUCACGUAGCAUAGACAGCCCAAAGGCAACUGGAGGGCAGAAAGACACAUAG